AUGGACGAGCCGACCAACAACAGCUUGGCUCUAACAGACUACCUCCUGGCCAGUAAUGGCCUGGACUAUGACAUUCCUCUGGACGAGAUCCCGGACACCACGCAAGGGCAGGCCUUCUUCGUGGCCACCAUUGUCAUUGCCGUGGUCCUGGUGGGCAUCAUGUUGGUCUGUGGAGUGGGGAACUGUCUGUUCAUCGCCAGCCUCGCCCGCUACAAGCAGCUCCGCAACCUGACCAACCUGCUGAUCGCCAACCUGGCCGUGUCGGACGUGCUGGUGGCGGCGGUGUGCUGUCCUUUCCUACUGGACUAUUACGUGGUAAAGCAGCUGUCGUGGGAUCAUGGCCUGCUGCUCUGCGCCGCCACAAACUACCUGCGCACCGUCUCUCUCUACGUGUCCACCAAUGCACUGCUGGCCAUCGCUGUGGACAGGUACAUGGCUAUCCUCCACCCUCUGAGGCCUCGUAUGAAACUCCAGACGGCGUACUGUGUGAUCGUGACAGUUUGGGUCGUCCCCGUCUUCAUCUCCAUCCCCUCUGCCUACAUGGCCUCUGAGACGACAUACCCACAUGUGGAAGGUCGCAGCUACAAGACCUUCUGUGCUCAGAUCUGGCCUGUGGACCAGCAGGCGUACUACCGCUCCUACUUCCUCCUCAUCUUGGCUCUGGAGUUCAUUUGCCCAGUGACUGUCAUGGCCGUCUGCUACAUCCAGAUCUCCAGGGAGCUGUGGUUUAAAGACGUCCCGGGUUUCCAGACUGAGCAGAUCCGGAAGAGGCUCCAGAAGCGUCGGAGGACGGUGGUGGUGUUGAUUCUGGUGCUGGUAGCAUACAUCCUGUGCUGGGCGCCAUACUACGGCUUCGCCCUGCUGCGGGACUUUUACCCCACCCUCAUAUCCAGGGACAGGAACUCCCUGGUGGCCUUCUACAUCAUUGAGUGCAUCGCCAUGAGCAACGGGAUCAUCAACACCCUCUGCUUUAUGAGUGUCCGAAACAACAACAAGCGCAUGAAGAAGGCGGGCAAGUUCCCGCUGAGGCUGGUGACUUUUGUGGCCACCAAGUCUCUUGAUGAAGGCGAGGCACGGACCUCCUCCCUCCGAAUGACGGAGGACGUGGAGGGAGCUCGGAGGUCAAACAUAUGACAGUUCAAAGUGCAUUUUAAACCUGUAUUACCAGACCAGAGGUGGCGGCGCCUUCAAUGGGAUUGGACAGUGGAUUAAACGUACAGCGAAGAAGACAACAAGGGGCCAUGUUUGUAGUUCUGUUCCUGAAAAGCAGGGCACAGUUUGUGGAAAUACUGGAUUUUAACGUUGGUUUUAUCCUGGGAAACGAUGUUCUCAUUUGGGGAUAUUAGCUCAUCAAAUCACUGUGUGUCAUCGCUCUGAAACAGCUGAGCCAAUCACAGUAAAGCAUGAGGAAAACAACUCAACACAUAAAGAAUCAGCUUCUUCAGAAAGUCUUAGGCUAGGUUCACUCUGCAGGCCUUAAUGCCCAAUUACCAUUUAUUGCCCAGAUCUGGUUGCUUUGACUGUUCACAUAAUAAUUUUUAUGUGUGAAAUGGAGCCACGGCCUGAAAGUGACCCACAUGUGCAAAAGAAUAAAACGACAUCACACGCAGCAAGCUGACGUGGCUUCAGAGGUUAGUGUCUACAGUUGAUUUCAGGUGGCAGAAAGGGAAUUCAUGAGCAAGCUUUUCAUUUGCCGUGGCUCCCACUAGCGCAGAGCUGUGAUGGCAGUCACUCUAGAGUGACGUCAGAGUGGCAUGAACUCAGAUCUCACCGUCCAGACCGAGGUCGCAUUUAAAAAAAAUCCGACCUGUAUCUGAUUUGGACCACAUAUGAAAGUGUCUCAAAUCCGAACUGGAAAAGAUCAGAUUUGGGUCACUCAGGUCAAAACCUGCAGAGUUCGGCCAUAUUUUUUGUCUGGAAGCUGCCGAGCGACACAAUGUGAACACACAGCACCACAAAUCCAAAGGCCGAGGCAGCUAAUGUGAGUUUUAUUUAAUUUGUACUGUGAAGAUUGAAAUAAAUGUUGAUGAAGCCGUAGUCAAUACGA